AUGGCUGGAAGAGGAAGAGGUCGUGGCGGAAGCAACUUGUCACUAACACACGAUCAACUGCAAGCGCUCGGCAUAGCAAGAGGUGAGAAUACACCACAAAAUGUAGCACCGCCUCCACUAUUUCCAAAACUUGAAGUUAAACCGCUACCAUUACCUUCCGACGCAGCCACGGAUUACAUGUUAAUUGUAAAGGAACAGUUUAUUGAGUAUUUGCACGAGUCUCCGGCUUACGUUAGAAAAGAAGCAGAGUCAGAUGGCAUUGAACGAUAUUCGGAUAAAUACAAAAUGCUUGCUCUUAAUGCUAAGAAAGACAAAGUAUUAGAUUGUGUGUGGGCUAAUAUGCCACCUGAACUCAGGCCACAGGCGAAAAAAGUGCGUAAGGCGGCAGCGGCUGCUCCUAAACCGAAAUUAAGUAAUGCCGAAGCUAUAGCGAAAAGGUUGCAGACAUUAGAAAAGAAAGAAAUUCAAGAAGGUGAUGAAGCUAUGGAAACCAAUGAUAAUGAAGAGACUGUGAAAAACCAAGAAGUAAAUGAUGAUGAGGAAGUUGAAGAUGAACAUGAAGAAGAAUUUGAAAUAGAUGAUGGGACAGAUUAUGCCAACAACUAUUUUGAUAAUGGUGAGGACUAUGAUGAGGAAGAUGAUAAUCUUGAUGAUGGGCCUGUGUACUGA